UUUAUAUUUACUUAAAAAAAAUAGUGUUCUUGUUGGUGUUAAUUAAGAUUAAUUACAAUGGAACUAAACGAAAUGGGAUUAAAUAUGGAUGUGGAUGUGCAACUAGAUGACACCGAUUUGGAUAUAAAUAUGGACGACGUUGCUCCAAUUAUAUCUCCAGAUCAUAGUCAUGUGCUGGUGGAAUCCGUACAUGACUCAACGACUUAUUACAGGAUCAUCGACUACUGCAAUGUCGUUCUCUUAGGUCAUGGCAAAUGCUACGAUAUAACCCAAGAUCUUACCAUUAUAAGUACCAUGAUUAUGACAUCGAAUGAUCCGAGCCAACUGAAAGCCUUCAUGGCAGUACUGUUAAGUGACGAUGCACGUGAAGACGUUUCAGACAGUGCUGCUCAGUUUCCCGUCGCUUCGACAUCGUACGAAUGCAUCGCCCGACCAAGUCGAAAUUUGACGAAAGAAAACAUUCCGAUGAUCACGUUCGGACCGAACAUGACUGCAAUCGCUGAAGCUACCAUUCUGAAGAUAGAUUGGAGGGACUUCAAGUUGGCAAUUCAUACUUUACUUAAUGGGGUGUUCGGCGAACGAUUCUUGGCGAUCCAAAGUUUGACGGGAAGGAUAGGUCCGAAAGGGGCGUUGGAUCCGAGGAAGAUCGAAGACAUAACUUCGGUCGUUUCGCAUUACUGCGAUGUACCGGUGGAACGUGUGCGUGACGUGAUUAAGAGACGGUGCCAAUCGGCGCACAAGAAACGUGAUAAUCGUAUGGCGAGAGGGAAAGAAGCUGCUGAUUUACACAGAAUCAGAGUUGAAAUGACGGAAAUUUUAGCCGAAAUUCGACAUGAAUCCUACUCGCAAACGAAUUCAAUUCAGAUGGUCUCAUUCGGCGAGAACAAUACGACGAUACCUAAGCUUUGCAUGAGUCGUGUGAUUUGGAACAAAUACAAGCUCGCAACUUGCGGUCUAGCUUACAGUGCGUUCUCGCCGGAAACGUUGGGCACUCACUCGCUUUCGGGGAAGAACUUUUGGAAACGACAAUUGGACAAGAACAAAGUCGCAGAUAUCAUCCACGUCGUGGAAAUUAUGUGCAAAGCAACUAAGAAGGAAGUGCAAGAUGCAAUUUCGGAUCAUUGCAACGUCGAAUACAAGAAAUAUACUUUACCUUACAAAAGAGAACUGGAAGCUUUGAUGAGAAUUUCAUAACGAAAUUUAUGAACAAAAAUCUGUUAUGUAUUGUUUAAACUAUUCAAAUUUUAUAAGAAUUUGUUUUUGUAAACUCUUCGAUUUUAACAUUACUUAAA